AAAUCAGUUAUCCGAAGAUUCGAUGAUCACAUCACUGCAUCCCGUCGUCCUUACCUUACCCGCAUGGCUUAUAUCAAGUACUGCACCCCUAUCAUUAAUAUACUCUAUUAUAUUAUUGUUAUUACUUCAAAGAUCACUCUAUUAUUACCCCACAAUAUAUAUAAAUACACUCCAAUAUAUCCAUCCCCAUCUUUCUUCCCUACAAAAUAAACCAGUUUCCAUUUUUAUCUCUUUCCACUUUCCGUUUUUCUCCUUCAUCAUUCCCCAUGUCAUCUCCACCACCGCCACCACUUCCGGACUCCCAAAACAACUCGCCACCGCCACACCCACCAACGGGACAGUCGCCGUGAAAAAACCUCCAGCCAAAGACCGCCACAGCAAAGUCGACGGCCGAGGCCGCCGUAUUCGCAUGCCGAUAAUAUGCGCCGCUCGCGUCUUCCAGCUCACAAGAGAGUUAGGGCACAAGUCGGAUGGCCAGACCAUAGAGUGGCUGCUCCGGCAAGCUGAGCCGUCGAUCAUCGCCGCCACCGGCACCGGCACAACUCCGGCGAACUUCUCGACCGUCUCGGUAUCUCUCCGUAACUCAAAUAACUCUCUCUCUGCUCCGUUAGAGCAAAAGCAAGCGCCGCAGCUGAACCAACACUUGUUUACGCCGACGCCGUUUAUCCUCGGGAAGCGUGCCCGAGAAGAGGAUAGUAUUAGGGCCGGUGAGGAGAAAAGUGAUGAAGUUAGUGAACACAGUGUGGGCCCGGCCGGUGGGUUUUGGGCCUUGCCGGGUCGGCCGGACUAUGGGCAGGUGUGGAGCUUUGCGGCCGGGUCGGAUAUGGUGGUCCCCACGCCGGUGAAUAUGAGCCAGCAGAAUAGGUAUAUGCAAGUGCAGGGGGAAGCUUCGGCGGCUAGGGUUGGGAAUUAUUUGCCGAUUACGCAAGGGCAUUUGAAUUUGUUGGCGUCGUUGUCGGGGUCGCAUCAGCAAUCCGGUGGAGGAAGGAGAGAAGAAGAUCAUCACUGAAUUUGGAUAAGAAUUUCAAGUGUUUAUAUAUAGUUUUGUGUUUGUGUGUUUUCGUGUGUGAUUGUUGUUUUUGUUAAUUAUGAACUUGUGUGAAGUAAUAUGUUUGGUAAUUAUUUAGAUGUUAUGCAAUUUGUUUAAGUAA